UCUCACCAAUCUUGCAGAGAUGAAGUACUUGGUGUCUGUGCUCCUGGUGGCUGCCGCUUGCGCUUCUGAGAUUGAGAAGCGAGAGGCGGAGCCAAGUCGUGCCUACAGCUAUGGCUACGGUCUCCACCACCACGCCUACUACCCCCGCACCUACUACCACCCCUACCACACCUACCACAAGAGGUCCGCCGAGCCUGAGGCUGAAGCCGAGCCCUCUUACGGUUCCUACCACUACCGAGGCUACUACCGUCCCUAUUCCUACGGCUACCACAAUACUCCCUACGUCCACCACCACCACAAGAGGUCCGCCGAGCCUGAGGCCGAAGCAGAACCCUCUUACGGCUCCUCCAGUUACUACCGCCCCUAUUCCUACGGCUACCAAUCACACCACUACAUUCCCUCUGUCCACCACCACCACAAGAGGUCUGCUGACCCCGUUGCUGAGGCUGAAGCCAGCUACGGUUACAGGUCAUAUCACCCAGUGUAUUACCGCUCCUACCAACACACCCCUUACACUCAUAGCCACUACAAGAGAUCUGCCGAGCCAGAAGCUGAUCCAGGUUUCAGCUAUGGCCACCACCACCAGACCGCGUACCGUCCCUACCAUAGCGGAGCUCACUAUGGUUACGGUUACCGCGCUCACCACCACUAAGGUACUGGGAAUUUAUGUGCCCUAAAGUUAUCUGAAAGAGUUUUAUAUUGAAAAUUUAUUUAAAAAAACAAUAAAGGCAAUCUA